AUGUACGGACGAGCUCCAAGAAUGACCUUGAUGGCAACGAGCGGCUCUUCAUCCUCCGUCGGCCCCGGCGCGUACGACGUCACCUGGUCCGACUGCAACACCUCAGAUGGCUAUGCUCCUUUCCUGUCCUUGACCAACAGACAGUCAGUAUUCAGUCAGUCCAGUGAGAUACCAGGACCUGGACAGUAUGACAUCUCACCUGUCAAGCUAAAUGUCCACGGUGGCCGCAGUCUUCAGAACCGCUCCAAGCGUUUUGAAGAAGUGGCGUCGAAGGCGCCGGGCCCCGGGGCCUACGAUGUGCUGCCUGCUUCGGGAAACACACUCCAGGUCGUGACGGCUGAAGCCGUGCAGGCUAAGAAUCUGAGCAGGAAAAUGUGGCUGCAGGCUAAAAGUCUGCGGCUUGUUCGUCAGUCAGAUAUCCCAUCCAUUCCUUCCCCGGGCCAGGCCUUUGGCUACGGGAAGGACGCUGUGGGUGUGUUCCUCAAGCAGCCGGCCCCCCCCAGGGACACAACCCUGGGGCCAGCCUACUACGAUCCACUUCUGUCAGAGAAGAGUUCUGCACAGAAGUAUAAAGGAGUCCACUUUGGCAGCAUGACAGGGAAAAGAAGUGAGGCGACAGUGGAGGAGGGACCAGGCCCCGGACAAUAUCACCCUGAGAUAAAACUGGAAAUUCACAGUGAGAAUGUGAACCUUCAAAAGGAGCAGAGAGGCAGAGCUGAGCUUCUCAUCCCUCGCUACCACGAACUGGUUCCCAAGCAAGAAGAAAAGAAGGGAGUUCCUGGCCCGGGGCAGUACUACAUCAGAAGUCAGUUUGAGAAGCCUGUCCAGUCCAGUGGUAACCUGCCAAAGUUCACAUGCCCCUUCCUCUCUCAGACUGAGAGGUUCAGCCCUGUGAAAGAAGUAGCGCCCCCUGUCGGUGUAUAUAAUGGGCCACGCUGUGCCCUGGAGCUGCUGAAGAAGGCCUCAGGAGUAAAGAAAAGCCCCUUUGGCAUCACGGCAGUGCGCUUUACUCACAACACAUGCUCUACACCCGGUCCAGCGUCCUAUGGUAUGUUUGAGCAUGGUUUAGCCCAGGAGAGUUUUAAAAAGGCAGUUUUAGAAAGAAGCAGGAAGGGAGGAUUUGGCUCCACUGCUCAACGCAGUUCCCUCUUCCACAACAAAGAAUCGCUAGAGGCCCCGAGUCCAGGACAAUAUGCGCCAGAAAAGAAGACAGAGGAGCACUACAAGAAGCAGCACACGGCAGUUUUCAAAUCAGCCUCAGAACGUCUGGCCCUGCUGGCUAAAGAUACCCCUUCACCCAACAGUUACAAUGUGAGUCAAACAUUUGAGAAGGCUAAUGGCCGCUCUUACUUAGAACCUCGAAACGAAGGCGCUAAGAGACGACAGAGCUGCUUCCUCUCUGCUGCGCCGCGGGAUCAUUCCCUCCCGCAAUGCGACCCCACUGGACCAGGCCCUGGCCAGUACAACCCCAGUUUGAAAUCCUUCCCACAAAUGGCUCUGAUCUCCUCCAGAGAAGAUCGAUUCAAAGACUCUGCGGAUGCCAACCCUGGACCAGGUGCUUAUCAGUUGAGUCCAGGCCUCAUGAACACCGUACUGAAGGGCACCUUCAACGUGACGCUCAAUAACCCUCUGGGCUCCCGCUGUUCCCCCCGUGUGGCCCCCGGCCCUCUUACGGCCCACAACUGCUUCAUCGAUACCAGCACUCCUUAGUGCUCUUUGUGGGUCAAAGUUUAGAGGGGAAAGGCAGAAGUUUGGAGGAAAAUGGCGGCUCCUUUUU